AUGACCACCGAACUCGAUGCUGCCAUCGCGUUCGUAGCCAAGGCUCGGCCAAAGGCGCUCACAGUGGGCGAAAAGCUCGACAUCAUCCGCCUACAGGCAUACUUCCGUAAAUCGGGAAUAAAAGACGUCUCAAACCACGUUGCUACCAUUUUGGGUCGCAGCAACAAAACAAUACAAACUGUGUGGUCCCAAGUCCCCGGAACCCAGGCUGUCUUGACGCUCGUGUUGGACUUUGUUCGUGCCAAGUGGUUGACGCACUCGCGCGUCGAUGCUCGUGACGCCAUGGAACUGCUUUGCGAGCACGGCCACUUGGAUUUGUUGCGAGCGGCCCAACGACGGGGAACGUCCUUGGGCUUGAAAUCUUCACCGGCGGGGCAAGACAGCCGAAGGACUACAAACGCGAUGUUCACCCACGACUUUUUUGUUGACUGGUUUACCGACCUACUCGACGAAGUAGAGUCAAUGAACUUGCAUGGCGUGAUCUUUGCAAUGGACAAUUCAAAGUACCAUAAGGGCUUACCUGACGGCACCCCAAAAGCCACGUGGAAGAAGGCUCAACUGUUGGACGCCUGUCAACGGCUCGGUCUUGGUGUGAUGGCUCGUGAGCGUGUGUCACGGUGCGACUGCGGGGUCCAUGACCCUGCCGAGACUGCGAAGCCAGACGAGGCCCUGAUCGACCCUCUGACCUUCCUGAAGACCGGGUUGCCUUUCCCGUUCUGGCUAGACCUCCCAGACCUUAUAUACCUCCCAAAAUCGAUGACCCGGACCGUCAUACGGGUGUCGAAGAUCUACCAAGACGGAGAUCCCUCAACCAUCAACCGCUGA